AUGGCUUCUGAAGACACACCCAACGGCGUCCCACCAACAGCCGAAAGACUAAACGGCGGCGGCCCUACCACAAACGGAGCAUCCACAACCAAUGGCACAUCAGAACCGCCGCAAUCUGUGGCCGACCUUCCACCCGCAGUCCUCGACCUCGCGGCCAAGCUGUUUGAUCUGGCGCGCGAGGGCAACACGACGAUGUUGAAGCAAUACGUGGAUGCUGGAGUGCCUCGCAACCUCACCAACUCCACCGGCGACACGCUUCUCAUGUUGACGUCCUACCACGGACACGCGGAAACCGCCAAGAUGCUCUUGGACGCCGGCGCAGACCCCAAUGCCCUCAACGGCAGGGGCCAGAGUCCGAUUGCUGGGGCAGUGUUCAAGGGGUACGAGGACGUUGUCAAGGUGCUGUUCGACACGGGCGCAGAUAUCAUGGGCGGACAGCCGAACGCGGUGGAUUGUGCGAGGAUGUUUAAGAGGGAUGGGGUGUUGAAGCUAUUUGGGGUCGAGCAAGGAGAAGGGAGUGAACUGCAGGUUGGUGGGCAAGCAUGA